GGUGGCUCCAUUCGAAGGCGGCGGCGGUCGUCUCAGUGUGUCGGGCCUCAUCUCUCCGGAGGAAGUGAAAAAAGGGAAAGAAAAAAGGCCGAGAUCGUUUCGCACCGGCGGCGAAACAGAGAAAACUUUUCCCCGGCGAGAAUCUGAAGCGCCCCCCGCCCCCCCCCACGGUCGAGCCUGCGGCGGCUGGAAUGACGGAGUGUGCCGAGAAUUUGAAUUAGCUCGCCGUUAGUUUGAAGAAAGAGGGUAGAGAGACAGCGCGAGCGAGUGAGAGAGAGAGAGAGGAGCCAUUUUGUCCCGACUGUGUGGGAGCAAAGAAAGAGUGGAAAAGAGGAAUCACACGGGAGGAGUGCUGGGGUUUUUUUUUUUGCUUUCUGUUCUCAUGCUAUAAGAAGGGGGCAACAAUCCGGCCUCGGGGACUCGAACAUCUCGGACACGGUAUUUCUUUGCUGGUGUAUUAGCCAACUAGCUCGCCGAGCUAAUCAACAAAUCCCAGAUUGUUCGGUGUUAUCGGUCCAGAGGAGCGGGGCGGCCGGUCGCUUUGGAGAGAAGGAGCUGGCGUUAGACUCCACACGGGCGUGUUAGGUUGCCAUUUUCUGUUUUGUUGGGGGUUUUUUUGUUUUUGUUUUUUUUGUGUGGUAUCUACCUGGGUGAACACACGCUGCUUCUCAAUGGCGAAGAAGACGUACGACUUGCUGUUCAAGCUGCUCCUGAUCGGAGACUCUGGCGUGGGGAAGACCUGCGUGCUGUUCCGCUUCUCCGACGACGCCUUCAACACAACCUUCAUCUCCACCAUAGGAAUAGACUUCAAGAUCAAAACUGUUGAAUUACAAGGAAAGAAGAUCAAACUACAGAUCUGGGACACAGCCGGCCAGGAAAGGUUCCACACCAUCACCACCUCCUACUACAGAGGAGCCAUGGGCAUUAUGCUGGUCUACGACAUCACCAACGCCAAGAGCUUUGAAAACAUCAGCAAAUGGCUGCGCAACAUUGAUGAGCAUGCAAAUGAGGAUGUUGAAAGGAUGCUGCUAGGCAACAAGUGUGACAUGGAGGACAAGAGGGUCGUACCAAAAGCCAAGGGGGAGCAGAUUGCGAGGGAGCACGGCAUUAGGUUUUUUGAGACGAGUGCUAAGGCCAACAUCAACAUCGAGAAGGCUUUCCUCACGUUAGCAGAAGACAUCCUCAGAAAGACGCCUGUAAAAGAGCCCAACAGUGAAAACGUCGACAUCAGCAGCGGAGGUGGAGUCACAGGCUGGAAGAGCAAGUGCUGCAGUUGAACAACUCCUCUGUUUCACGCACACUAACGCACACAGACAGACACACACACACACUCACACACUCUCUCUCUCUCUGUCUAACUGCUAACUCUAACUCUCUCGCCCUCUAACCUGUCUCAUGAGUUGUUCUUGCACACUGACACUCUGUCUCUUUUAUCAGAAUAAAACAAUAAACCACUUCACUUGUUUGACCCCUCCACCCUUCCACCUCCUCCUCUUCAUCCUCCACCCCCCCACCACCACCACCUCCUCCCACCUCCAUGUUUUUCCAUCUGAUGAUCAUUUUUAUUUCUGAUAAAAAGAGAAAUCCAGUCACGUUUCUUGUCUUUUGUUUUAAAGGUUGUUUAAAAAAAAAAAAUAAGAAAAAAGAGUGUGGAAAGACAAGCUCAUGUUUUUAAUAUUUCCUUUGCCUGAGCUCACCUGGUCGGACCCCCUCACCUCUCCACCCCCUAACCCCACCCCCCAAACCCUCGUAACCCGCAGCACUCACCUUCAGUCAGAGGAAAUAAAAAUACAAAAAAAAAAAAAAAAAAAAAAAAAAAAAAGACAAACGUAGGAUUAACAUUUUGUACAUUCAGUGACGUUUCUGUUUAACAAUAUUCGGUCAUUUACAAUUUGUUACCAAGUGACGGAGGCGUGGCCAGCUCCUUUUGUAUGUGGGGGUUUAUUUUGUCCUGUGCCUUAUAUGGAAGACAGGGGCGGGGCUGUGUGGUGGGCGGAGCCACAUCCACCCAAUGAAAUUACAGUUUAAUAUUCUGUCGGUUCACGGAGACGCCGGACCGAAGCGGAAACGUUUGAAUUUCUCCUCCAGCCAAGAGAACGGCAUUAUACAGUAUAUGUCCUGUUUAUUGAUGUUUUAUUUUUGUCUGUAUGAUUUAUUUUACUUUUGUUUUUUUCCCCUUAUCUGGGUUUUUGUUUUUGUUUUUUUCCUGCAUGCAGAUUUCUUUGGGUUGGAAGCGUUUCUGUAACGUUGUGUAACGUUUGCCACUGGGGAACUGUGGGAGGGAGGGACACAAGUUCUCUUUGGAAAUUCAAACAAUUUUGCAGAUCCAUUAAAAAUAAGCUUGUUUAAGUUAA